AUGCCUCUGGAAGCCCGCGUGAAAUCUGUCCUGUCAGGCGACACCGUUGUGCUGUCGCAUGUUUCCAACCCAGGACAGGAACGCACCCUGAGUUUGGCAUAUGUCUCAGCGCCCAGGUUGCGCAGGGAAGGCGAUGAGUCCUAUGCUUUCCAAUCCCGUGAAUUCCUUCGUGAGCUGCUCGUAGGAAAGGUCGUCCAAUUCAACGUCUUAUAUACCAUCCCUACUGGUGCCAAACGCGACUACGGUACAAUCAAACUCCCCACUUUCGAAGUUUUGUUGCCCGACAUUAGCGUCCAGGAAGGAUGGGUCCGCGUCCGCGAGGAGGCCGGUAAACGCGCCGACGAGUCCGAAGAGACCGCUGCAUUGCUACAGCGUUUGCGCGCUUUGGAGGAACACGCUCAGUCCGAGGAUAAAGGUGUCUGGGCCGGAGCGGAGAAAGGCCACACGGAGACUACCUAUGAACUUUCCGAUGGCAAGGCCCUCGUCGAGGAAUAUAAAAACAAGCCCCUGGAGGCUAUCGUCGAGAGAGUCUUGAAUGGAGACAGGCUGGUCCUUCGCCUGCUUCUUACUCCCCAGGAGCACCUGCAGGUUGUGGUUGCAGUCGCCGGUGUCCGGGCGCCAGCUGCCCGCCGGGUGAACGCCGAGGGCAAGGAGCAACCUGCUGAGCCGUUCGGAGAUGAUGCACACCAGUUUGUCGAGUCCCGGUUGCAGCAGCGUAAGGUCCAAGUGUCCCUGCUGGGUGUCACGCCACAGGGUCAAUUGAUCGCAACCGUUCUCCAUCCUAAUGGUAACAUCGCUAAGUUCCUUUUGGAAGAGGGCCUGGCCCGUUGCCACGAUCUGCACGCUCCCCUCCUCGGUGCUGAUAUGGCUAGUUUCCGCCGUGCGGAGAAGGCCGCCAAGGAUGCUCGGAAGGGUCUGUUUACUGGUCUUGUCGCAAAGGGUCCUGCUGGCGGGGCCGCCGAGGACUACAUUGUUAGUCGUGUGCUGAAUGCCGAUACUUUGUUCCUUAGGAACAAGGCUGGCCAAGAAAAGAAGAUCAGCUUGAGCAGUGUUCGCCAGCCUAAGCCUUCUGACCCCAAGCAGGCACCCUUCGCUGCCGAUGCUAAGGAGUUUGUCCGUAAGAGGCUCAUCGGAAAGCAUGUCAAGGUUACCAUCAACGGCAAGAAGCCUGCUACCGAGGGAUACGAAGAAAGGGACGUUGCCACGGUCAUCUACGGAAAUACCAACAUUGCUCUGGCUCUUGUCGAGGCCGGCUACGCUUCUGUGAUCCGCCACCGUCAGGAUGAUGACGACCGCUCCCCCGACUAUGAUUCUUUGCUGAUCGCUGAGGCUGAUGCUCAGAAGGACGGUAAGGGAAUGUGGUCCCCAAAGCCACCCAAGGCGAAGCAGUACCAGGACUACUCUGAGAGCGUCCAGAAGGCCAAGAUGGAGGUUUCCAUCCUCCAGCGGCAAAAGCGCGUGCCGGCUAUCGUGGACUUUGUCAAGUCGGGCUCUCGCUUCACAGUUCUUGUGCCUCGUGAGAACGCCAAGCUGACCCUCGUCCUGUCGGGUAUUCGUGCGCCUCGAUCGGCCCGUAACCCCAACGAACAGUCCGAACCAUUCGGACAGGAAGCACAUGACCUAGCAAACAGGCGUUGCAUGCAGCGUGAUGUUGAAAUCGACGUCGAGACAAUCGACAAGGUUGGUGGUUUCAUCGGCACCCUUUACGUUAACAAGGAGAACUUCGCCAAGGUCCUUCUCGAGGAAGGUUUUGCUACUGUUCAUGCCUACUCUGCGGAGCAGUCCGGACAUGCCACCGAAUACUUCGCAGCGGAACAGAAGGCCAAGGAAGCUCGCAAGGGGCUCUGGCAUGACUGGGAUCCUAGCAAGGAUGUUGAGGAGGAAGAAGAGGAGACCGCUGAUACCACCGGCGCUGAUGAGGCUUCCCAGCGCCGCAAGGAUUACCGUGACGUGAUGGUCACCUACGUUGACCCCACCAACGGCCGCCUGAAGAUCCAGCAGAUUGGCACUGGCACCUCUGCGCUCACAGAAUUGAUGAAUGCAUUCCGCUCAUUCCAUCUGAACAAGGCUAACGACACACCAUUGCCUGGCCCUCCUAAGGCCGGUGAUUUCGUUGCCGCCAAGUUCACGGAGGACAAUGAAUGGUAUCGCGCCAAGGUGCGUCGCAAUGACCGUGAGAAACAGCAGGCCGAGGUUCUCUACAUCGACUUCGGUAAUUCCGAGGUUCUUCCCUGGUCUCGUCUCAGGCCCUUGAGCCAGCCUCAGUUCUCCGUGCAGAAACUCCGUGCUCAGGCUGUGGAAGCUGCUCUCUCCAUGGUUCAGCUCCCUGGCUCGGGUGACUAUCUGCAGGAUGCUGCGGACUUCCUGGAAGAGCAGCUCUACAACCGGGAGCUUGUCGCCAACGUUGACUACGUUUCUCCCGAGGGAACUCUGCACGUUACGCUGAUGGAUCCCACGGAGUCUAAGAACCUGGACCACAGCAUCAAUGCUGACCUCGUCCGGGAGGGUCUUGCCAUGGUGCCCAGAAAGCUGAAGGCUUGGGAACGUUCUGCCGCGGAGACACUGUCACACCUGCGUAGCCAGGAGGAAGAGGCAAAGCAGGAGAGACGCGGUAUGUGGGAAUACGGUGACCUCACCGAGGACUAA